AUGCUGAUUGCAAGUCGUUUGCGGUUCCGGGCGUUUAGCACCUCCAUUCGGGCGCUAAACAGUGUUGUCGAUCUUGAGGGUCACGUGAUCUCGCUUCUGCGCACAGUUAGUCCCCCCACAGUGCCUCCCGCGGCCGUCAAGUACAAGGAGUUUGCCGACCGAUCGAAACGAUGGCUACUGCCCCAGGUGCCCGAUCUGGACGAGUCGGUCGUGAACAAGUACGUCUUCGAGCUGACCAACUACUCGUACGCGCCAGAAACGUUCUCCACCGUCAAGGACCAGCUUCUGGCGAUCGUGGAGUCUGUGCCCGACCUGAUAUCCAAACAGUCGUUUGUGGACAUUGUGCAGUACUUCCACUUCAACAUGGACGAUUCCACGGCAAACGAAGUGAUCACACAGAUGGAGCGUACCACGUCGUUUCAACUCGACAUCGACUUCCACAACGUGCUGCUUGCCUUCACUGCCACCAAAACAGUGUACCAGCCUCGCAUCGACAGAUUGCAGCAGAUCCAGACCCAGGGACUCUCUGCCAACGCAAACACCUGGUACUAUUUGUACCGGGCUCUCAGAACAGGGUCCAAACGACUGGAGUUGCUGGACCUGAUGCCCGAAUACGGCAUUUCACAGAAACCGGUUUUCUUCAGUGCAGCUCACGAGCUCUCGAAAAGAUCCACCCACGAGCAACUUCUCGACUUUUACGCUCAAAACGGGUACACGCUCCAGAACAUCAACUCGUACCUGUUGAACCGGCUGGCAGCCACGUUUCUGAACGAAAGAAACGUCAUGGGGGCAUUUGAGCUCGUGAAAAGAAUCCAUUUCGACAACAGCAUCCCAGCAACAGUCAACAUGGGCACCUACUCCACGUUUAAUAAACACUUUCUGGCUGAAAACCAGGUCUACAACAGCAUAGCAUUUUGCAACGAGUUUCAAUACGUGUUCCGGAAAAAGUUCAGCCAUAUCAUGGCAUUGGACAUUAUCAACGGAUACUUAUCAUCAUGUACAUAUUUCGAAAAAUGGCCACAACUCACCAGAUAUCUGGUCAAUAUACUGGUCAACAACACAACCCAGAAGAACUUCUUACUUCCAAGACACUUCAAAGUUUUGGCCAACUACGCAAGAUUGCACGGUCUGGACGAAUUCAAGUGCAGAAAAGUCGAGGUUGAAGAUCUUGCGUUUGGCCAAAAACUGAUCAACACCUUGAGAUGGGAAAAUCACCGUUUGUGUCCUGAACUGGAGGAGAAUAACACCUCCUUUAUAGAAAUGGCAAAUCAGAUCACUCCGCAUCAGCCUCAAGACCAACUGGAUCCAUCCCAAAUUUUGAGAAAAAUACACUAA